CGCACACGGGAAAAGUUGCAGCAGCAAUGAGGAAAUUAAAUGAGGGUUGAUUCGAAGCACGCGCAUCAUCGAAGGACCUGCUCCGCUGAAAACACGCAGCGUGUUCAAGCGCUCAUUGCCUACAUGCGUUUAGCGGGAUUUACUGCACGGGAAUGUUCUUUGCCUUUUCGCCAAGAUGACACAUACCCAGAGAGAGGGGAAAGAGACUUUGCGGAGAAGGGCAAGUACUCCUAUCCCUGCCUCUCAUCAGCCGGGGCCGAGAGACAGAGACCCGCCAGCCGACCUCCAUCACCCUCCGCUCUGCCAGUCUGCCUCAUACCAUCCCGGAGACAAGUCUCUCCACUGCCGCGCCAAUUGGUCUUCUGAUGACUCAGACAAUGACUCGGAUGGCUCGGGAGCAGAAUGUUUAUACCGCGUUGUUUUGCUAGGAGACCACGGUGUUGGAAAGUCGAGUCUUGCCAAUAUCUUUGCUGGCAUACAGGAGAAGGAUGCUCACGACCAUACAGGAGAGGACACCUAUGAGAAAACCAUGACUGUGGAUGGGGAGGAGACUAUCCUCAUCGUCAUGGACACCUGGGAGAACGAGAAACAGGAGGAAGAUCAGACGUGGGUCCAGGACUACUGUAUGCAGGUGGGCAACGCCUACGUCAUAGUUUACUCCAUCACGGAUCGCACCAGCUUCGAGAGUGCCUCCGAGUUACGCAUCCAGCUGCGGCGCAUACGGCAGUCCGAGAACAUUCCCAUCAUCCUCGUGGGCAACAAAAGUGACCUGGUCCGCUCCAGAGAAGUGGCUGUAGAAGAGGGUCGUGCGUGCGCUGUGGUGUUUGACUGCAAAUUCAUAGAGACAUCUGCUUCGCUCCACCACAACGUUCACGAGCUCUUCGAGGGCAUCGUCCGGCAGAUUCGCCUGCGGCGAGACAGCAAGGAGACCAACGAGCGCCGGCGCUCCGUCUACAAGCGUAAGGAGAGCCUCACCAAGAAGGCCCGCCGCUUUCUAGACCGCCUGGUGGCCAAGAACAACAAGAAGAUGGCGCUGAAGGUUCGCGCCAAGUCUUGCCACGACCUGGCCGUGCUGUAAUGGCUGCUGUGUGGCGUACAACAAGUGGUUCACGUCGUCAGUGGUUGCAGACUCCAACGCUCCUCUUUGCCCUAACAAUCCCGUUGUGGUAAAGGGGAAGAACAUUGUUUGUUAUUUUCUAUUUAUUUCACCCAUUAGAAGCAAUUGGGUUGCGGAAAUGUGAGGCAAUUGAGACUUUUUGUUGCUAUAUCCCAGAUUUUCUGAGAAUGAGUUUGCUAAUCAUACACCUUAUCAACUGUUUGCCUUACAUCUAAUUAAAUAGAUUCCUAGACCAGUGUAUCCAGACACAGAUCUGGCAUUUAAACUCCUUUUUCUGUCUCUUUUUGAGAAGGUUUUCUAAGAUUAUUGAGGUAUGAAAUAAUUAUUUGAAUGCACUGUAUGAUGUAUUGAAAGCAAUGUCCACAGUGGUACUUUACAUAGAUUUCACUGACUACUUGAUUUCAAGGUUUUGCACUAUGGGAGACAGUGAUGUAUUAGGAGGAAUCAGUGGAGCUUCUUCUACAGCAAUGAUGUUUCUCUCUACCAAGAGAGCUCAAGUCUGGUUUGAGACUGUUCUGUCUGUGAGCCCAUCAGUUCACAGCUAAAUUACAUGUGAAUGGCGAUCUUGUUUGGAAAUCGACACCAUCGUAAACUUUCCAAAAGGUUUAUCCCAUCCUCAUCUUCCUUUACAAGCACCUCCUACACUGGAAGGACCAGUAGGGUGUUACAGUGAAACUGUCAUGGACGCUUUUGAAGAGGCGUGGUCUGGUUGACCACUGUCAAGAAACACCUUUGUAUGAUGACAUGGUCCUGAAGAGACCAAAGAAGUGUUGAGUUCUUCAAUGUCAGUGUUUGUGCCCACGUUGGGCGGAGAGAGGUAUAGUAAUCACUUUUGUACAAAAUUAUGUUUUGAGUUUGUAAAUACAGUAUGUCAAUGAUUUUUAUGUGGAAAUAAAGCAGUAGCAGUACCACUUUACCAUUGUCUGCACUGGAAUUUAAGGUAUGUUACAUUUCUGUAAGCAAUGCCUUCAGAGUAUUAGGAUCAAAAUGAGCUAUUUUUAAAA